CUUUUCUUUCGUCCUUUCUUUUUCCCUUUUCUUUUUUCUAUUCAUCGGGUUUUGUCAAUCGUUGAGUUCUUAUUGUCUCUGAGUGUCAAUUAAUUGAUUCCGUCUUAUCCACCCCCCUCCCCCCCUUCCUCCCUCUUUCCUCUUCUCUGCCUCUCAUGCUCCGCCGUCGUCUGGCCAAGGAUAAGGACGACGUCCCGUCGGAGCCCAAUAAUGCUCAAUCAGCCUCCUCGCCCUCGUCUACGCCUCCUCCGCCCGAGAAGUUUGGUUCCUUUGUUACGAAACCGCGUAGUAAGCGUCGCAAUGGAUUGAUCUUCGCGUUGGGCGGCCUCUUCGGCAUCCUGGUGGCCGUCCUCUUCGCCAACCAGCAGGACGUCAUUAGUUUGGAGUCGCUGAUGGAUUUAAAUUUGGAUUCGUUGAUGGAUGUGAUUCCGCAGGGCAUUGUUAGGGAUGCGAGGGAGUUCUCGCAACAUGAACGCGACACGGUCAGUUAUGACUCCUUCUCCGUCGGACUUCAUCUUCAAUCACAAGGAAUCGAAGCCAAACAUCCUGUUGUUAUGAUCCCCGGUGUGAUUUCCACCGGACUCGAGAGUUGGGGAACGGGCACGCAGUCCCGGCAGUACUUCCGGCGUCGGCUUUGGGGCAGUUGGAGUAUGAUGCGCGCGCUGGUUCUGGAUAAAGCGGAAUGGAAGAAUCAUGUCAUGCUGGAUAAGGAGACGGGGAUGGAUCCGCCGGGGAUCAAGCUCCGGGCCGCGCAGGGCUUCGAUGCGACCGAUUUCUUCAUCACCGGCUACUGGAUCUGGAACAAGAUCCUCGAGAACCUGGCGACGAUAGGAUAUGACCCGACCAAUGCCUUUACGGCGGCGUACGAUUGGCGACUGGCGUAUCAGCAUCUGGAGAUCCGUGACCAGUAUUUCAGUCGGCUCAAGUCCUACGUGGAGACUGCUGUCCAGGUGCGCGGCGAGAAGGUGACCCUAGCUUCGCAUAGUAUGGGCUCGCAAGUGGUGCUGUAUUUCUUCAAGUGGGUUGAGAGCGACGAUCAUGGCAAGGGUGGGAAGGACUGGGUGAACAACCACAUCGCCUCUUGGAUCAAUGUUAGCGGCUGCAUGCUGGGCGCCGUUAAGGGGCUCACGGCCGUCCUAUCGGGAGAGAUGCGUGACACGGCCCAGCUGAACGCGUUCGCCGUGUACGGACUGGAGAAGUUCCUGUCCAAGGAAGAGCGCGCGGAGAUCUUCCGCGCCAUGCCGGGCAUCUCGAGCAUGUUGCCCAAGGGCGGCGAAGCUGUCUGGGGCAAUUCCACCUGGGCCCCGGACGACCAGCCGGGGCAGCCGAUGUCGUUCGGGACCCUGCUGAACUUCCGCGAGAGCAACUCCACCCUCACGGCGAAGAACCUGACCACCCCAGAGAGCCUGUCGUAUCUGCUGGACCAGAGCGACGACUGGUACCGUAACCAGGUGCUCGCCAGCUACUCGCAUGGCGUCGCGCACACCACCAAGGAAGUCGAGGCCAAUGAAAAGGACCCUCGCACCUGGCUGAACCCCCUCGAGGCCCGACUGCCGCGGGCCCCAGACAUGAAGAUCUACUGUCUGUAUGGCGUCGGCAAACCCACCGAACGCAGCUACUUCUACCAGGAGGAACGCGACCCCCUGGUCAACCUGAACGUCAGUAUCGACACCACGGUCACCAACGGCGACGGCGUCGACCACGGCGUUGUCAUGGGUGAAGGUGACGGGACCGUCAAUCUACUGAGUACGGGCUACAUGUGCGCCAAGGGCUGGCACAUCAAGCGAUAUAAUCCCUCGGGGAUCAAGAUCAAGGUAUAUGAGAUGCCUCAUGAGCCGGAUCGAUUUUCACCCCGCGGUGGUCCCAACACAGGCGACCACGUCGACAUCCUAGGCCGCGCAUCUCUUAACGAACUCAUCCUCCGCAUCGCCAGCGGCCACGGCGACGAAAUCGAAGAGACAUUCGUGUCGAAGAUCAAAGAAUACGCCGAUCGAGUCAAGAUUUACGAAGAAUAAAACAAUACCACCUGCUUAUUUACGUUUGUUACUUUCUGUCACGAGUUCUCUUUUCAUCUCAUUGUAUUCAUGUGGAUGUUUGAUAGAAUACCUUAAUAUACGCCUUUUUUCUUUAUUCUCCAUCUUCUUACAUCUGGUUGAACCGUUUUACCAUUGCUACAUUGCCUGACUUGACGGUGUAUGGAUUGCCUGCUUAUAUGUAUGGCAUAGGAAUGGUGUUCAGGGUCCAGUGGAUUGAUAUUCAGGUUCAUAUCGAAAUCUACUACCUAUUCUUGGGAUCACGUCUCCCGCAUAUCAUUCAAUUGUACCAAUCCCACACUGCGCAGCGGAGUAAAAGAAAAUGAAUAAGUAAUAUAACGAGGUCUCAUGCUAGAAAUCGGCA